AUGACGUUGCUUCAAUCGUUAACAACAGCGCAUUUGGCGAGACAAGGUUCCAUGCCGAUUCAGACUUUUGCACUAGGUGGAAGUUCCUUGCCGUUUCCGAACAUUUUGGCGGUGGACUCCUAUUCAAUAGUGAUAACAGAUCAAUACACUGGCAUAGGCCGACAAUCUAGCCAGCAACAAUCAAAUGUCGGAUCAAGCCUAUUCGGAGAAAGAUCAAGUUAUUUCGGGUCUUACAGGAGCCCAGGGUUUCAGACGCCAGCAUUUGUUCCACCACCAGGGAAUUUUACAUUUGAUGGACGUCAAUUACCUCCAUUGUCUCCUCAAUACGGAAUGCCAAUGACAGCAAUUGCCUUAUUAGGGAUUCCAAACACCAUGGCCAGUGAGUCUAGGAACUUAACAGAACAUCGCGUUUCAACAGCAGCCUCCACCAAGGUAACAUCAGCAAGGGUCAACAAUGGUUUAACCUCAGUUAAUUGGACAAGAAGGAGCGCCCAGAAUAGCAUAUGGACCAUAGGGGACGUUGGAAUCAGGUGUACAGAACGGCAAGCUGGUCAGAAUGUACAAGGGACCAAUGACCGCCGCAUUAUACUGUAUCAAAAUCGAGUACCAAGAAAUAACAAUGCAGCCGCAAAUUUGACUGAUCUACACAUACACCAAGGAUCUGGCAUUGUGGUUGCUGACCCGCUAUUGGAAGACAUAUUGGAAAUCAGAAUGUGGGAAAUAGACACAACCCGCAUCAACAACGUUUUUGGGGCCAAGGAGGUGGUCGUCAUCGGGUCUAUCUGCGGAAUGAAGUUCGACAGGAACCAGAUGCAACAACAAAUGGUAACCAGUAACAAGAUUUUGAAGUAG